GAAUGAUCUCGGAGUUAAACCACGCCCAUUGCUGCUGGUCAGAGAGGGAAGCUGGUAAUUCACUCUGCGAAGCAGCAAUAUGAGCGUUUAUACCGUUUCUUGAGAAAACGCGCGACGUGACGAAAUUCCACAGUCGUAAAAUCGCGCGUUGAAAGUGUCAUCCGAUCGCGCGCCGUUUGCGGAUUGAGUGAGUGAUAUAGUGUCGUGAUUGGUUUCGUUUCGUACACCGGGAUACGAUUUUUGGUUAGUUUCCAAGCUUCGAAAGGAUAUCGCCGCUCGUCGGUUCAUUUGCCUCGAGGAAUUGCUUUCAGUGAAAGGAAUUUCUCGACUUAGGCUAGGAUGUCACAUCACAGCGACGACAACAUGCUGAUAGCAACCUCGGACUCUUUCUGGGAGCCGGGUAAUUACAAACGAACGACCAAGAGGAUCGAGGACGGGCACAAAUUGUGCGACAGCUUGAUAACUCUGGUCCAGGAAAGAGCGGAGAUCGAGAAGAGUUAUGCGAAAGCAUUGAAGAAUUGGUCGAAAAAUUGGAACGACAAGAUCGAGAAGGGGCCGGAAUAUGGAACCACCGAGGCUGCCUGGAAAGGUGUCCUCGUCGAGUCGGAAAGGCUGUGCGAUCUUCAUCUCAGGGUCAAGGAGAAUCUCUGUAACGACAUCAUUCAGCAGGUGAAAACGUGGCAGAAGGAAACGUAUCACAAAUCGAUGAUGACGCUGAAGGAACGGAAGGAGAUGGAGGACGCGUUCAAGAAGGCGCAGAAACCGUGGGUGAAGCUUUUGCAAAAGGUGGAAAAAGCGAAGUCCGAGUAUCACAACAGUUGCAAAACCGAAAGGACAGCGGCCAACAUGGAAAGGAACGCAUCGGCGGACAGUUCGCUUUCCCCUGACCAGAUGGCCCGAGGUUCUGAAAACAUGACAGUUUGUGGAUGUGAUGCAUGGGCCCUCAGAAUACGAAAAGCCUUUAGGAAAUCUAAAAUAGGAGACGUUCAGCUUAAAGCUCUGCUGGUGAGGAAAAUGCAAGACAGGGUGCAGAAGACGAAGGAAGAAGUUCAAAAGGCGAAAGAAAAGUACGAAGCGGCGUUGCAGGAGAUUAAUCAGUACAAUCCUAAAUACAUGGAGGAUAUGACCCAGGUGUUCGAAAAGUGUCAAGAGAUGGAGGCGCAACGGUUACAGUUCUUCAAAGAGGUCCUAUUUGGCAUUCAUAAAUGCCUCAAUAUAUCUCAGGAUCCGAUAUUACCACAAAUAUACGAAGAAUUCUAUCACACAAUUAAUAACGCGGAUCAUGAGAAAGAUCUGAAAUGGUGGUCGAACAACCAUGGUGUAAAUAUGGCAAUGAAUUGGCCACAAUUCGAGGACUACACAGAGGAGUUCCGUGACAUCGCCAAAGGCUCGAAGUCAAAGGAGGCACUUCCGGCUGGCUCCAUCACGCUCAUCAAUCAACGUCCGGUCGGCGAAGAUGUGCAUGAAUACCCACCUGUUAAUAAUAAAUCAAAAUCGAAGCCCACUUCCCGAGUGAUAUCAACAGAUGUUAGUCAUGCAGACACAAAAACGGAUACGAUUAACUCCAGCAAACAUUCUUCAGAAAAGAACAAUCACGAUGGCAAUGCAGUAAAUAGGACCUCCACGAUGACUAAUGGUACAAAUGUUAAGCAAGAAUCAAAUCCAUUUGAGGAAGAAGAAUGGGAUGAAGAUAGUGGUGAACCAUUGGUUGAUAAUGGAGAACCUGGUGUUCUUGUGCGCGCGUUAUAUGAUUAUGAAGGAGCUGAAGCAGAUGAACUUAGUUUUAAACAAGGCGAUGUAUUUGAUAAAUUAGAAGACGAAGAUGAACAAGGGUGGUGUAAAGGACGAAAAGAUGGUAGAGUGGGUCUUUAUCCUGCAAAUUACGUAGAACUUGUGUCUCCGUAAAAUUACCAUGUAAUGCCAAAUUAUAUGAACAUUGUUAGUUACUUAAAACGUAACGCGUAUGGAAAAAAAAAAUUUUUAUUUUGUUGUUUAUUUCUCUAUGAAAUAGCAUGUUCGUUAAAAAGAAGAAAAUUUGUAAAUGUCGUUAAAUAAGAAUUACAUGAGACUUUAUAUUAGAAAUCGUUCAUUUCGUGUAUUAUACAUAUAAUGAGCGCUAAAAAAGACGAAAAAAGUUAUACGAUAAACCUUAUGGUUCAAAUUAUAAGUAAAUUUAAAUUGAAAUUCAAAAAAAUUAUUGUAAACAUGAAAAUGCAUACAUUUACUUCAUUCUAUUUCUCGGUUCGAUGUAGGGUCGAUGCAAUAAAACUUAAAACGAAACUUUUACUUUGACGAGUAAUAGUUUUUCGUAUAUAGCUAGGAUUCUCUAUAUCCAUCUUUAUAAAUUAAAUAUGUGCUAAAUGAUAAGAUGGAUAUGUAUACCAUGAAUAUAUUAUAAGUUUAGAUUUUUGAGAUAAUGUACAAUUAUACAUUUUUCGACAUUAUUAAUAUUGUUACUAUGAAAUAUUUCGGCAAAUGCGACGAAAAGUAUAUUUAAUUUAUUGUUAUUCAAAUGAUACUAUUAAAACCUAUUCUUUCCGAAUGGUAUCAUUGUAUAUAAUAGAUUUAAGAACGUAAACGAUAUGUAAAGUUACAAUUGUUUAACGAAGUUGAGAUUUUAUGAUGUUCAAAGUACAUUAGUACGAAAAGUAAAAAAAAACUUGAGAAAUGUGUACAUGAAAUGUACCCAACAAAUAAAUUUGGGACCCAGAAUUGUCCAA